AUGGUGAAGCCUAUAUUAAAGAAACGGUCCCAUUCGGAGAAAAACUCCCUGGACUUGGAUCGUCCACUGGAAGAGCAGCACGUCCCCGGACUGGCAGGCCUGGUGUCUGGCUACGAAUCCGGCGGCCAGAUGCGCGGUGCCCGCGAUAUCAGUUUUUCGUUCAACGACAGUUCCGCCUUUGCAAGCAAGCCACGAUACCAACAUGGCCGGUCUCACAGCGGUACCUCCCACGUCUCAAUAGCGACGACUGCAAGCGGUGGAGGCGCUCGAGCAGGAUCCUUUGUCCACCCGUUUCAGCAGACACCACGAACCCAAACCCCACCUCUGACCUACACGAACUCUUUGGCCUCAGUAGACAACAUCGGCACUGGCUACAACAACACGGGCACUAACAGCAUCCGUGACUACUCACCAACCAUCACGGAGAACGAUGACGACGACGACUUUCCUGUUGGCUCUCUCCCUAACCAUCGUUACAACAACGGUCACACUGCGUCACUUUCACAAUCGAGCUUACGACACCCAUCUCUUGCCAACCAACGGGCUGCGUCCUUUAGUGAUAUCAACGCUGCUCCUCCGUUGCGUGUGAACACGGCGGCUCGUUCCAUGCCGAGUGGGCGCCGAGGCCCUGGCAAUAGUAGUCUGUCAACGAGCCUGUCGCAUUCGGACCUACAUUUACACGCUUUUGCGGAGUCGGCAGUAAUGGAUUCGCCAUUGUCUGUUGGGCCUGCGGCUCCUGCGCCCCUCUCGUCGAGCUCGUACAUCCCGAUUUCCCCUCUCCGCAGCUCCCUUGAAGGUGUUGCGUUCCCUCGUUUGCGAUCUCGUUCCGAGCUCGAUUCUGGGGCACGUGCAGACCAAAUUCGCGAAGCACGCCGCAAGUUUGAGGAACGCGAGCGUGCCAAGGCCGAAAAACACGACCGCGAAAUGCUGCGCAAACGCGAGCGGCGCGACCACAAGGAGGCCAAGUCGUACGAAAGACAGGCUGCACAGGUGCGCAAGAACAGCGCUGGUGCGGUCAGCGACGUUGUCCGGCCUUCUCUGUCUCGAAAGUCUACACCGACGUUUGGCAGCAACAGCGGCAGCGGCAGCGGUAGUGGCUCUGGCGAACAUGAACGGGGCCGUGACAGUGGUCGGUACUCACGACAAGCGGCGCAUGAGAUUACCGAAAAGCCGCUUGCAUUCAAGAGCAACAAUUACGAAAAUGUGGCUGGCGGCAUGACGCCCAGUUUCGGACCCACCGUCGAUAGCGUGGCUUUCAAGAAUGCGCGCCGGAACAACACAACCAAGCGGAAGACGCAGGGCUACUGGAACGGCUUUGUUCUGUGGCUACGGACCCGGAUUUUUCGCAUGGGACGGAACUAG